GUAGUUCCCCCGCCUCCCUGGCGUUUUGUGGUCACCAUUAAUCAUUUCCUCUAACUGUGUAUAUAAGAGCUCUUUUGCCAGUGAGCCCUGUACUCAGAGAGAAAGGCUAAAGUCUUCAGGAGGAUGUGGCUGCAGAAACUAAUUCUACUGGGCACUGUGGUUUGUAGCAUCUCUGCACCCAUCUGCCCUCCCAGCGCUGUCCCCCAGCCCAGGAAGUGCGUGGAUGCCAUCAUCAAGGAAGCCCUGAGCCUUCUGAACCACAGUAAGGACACCGCCAGUGUGACGAAUGACACCAUAGAAGUUGUCUCUGACUUAUUUGAUCCCACGAAGCCAACGUGCCUGCAGACCCGACUGGAGCUGUUGGAGCGGGGCCUGCAGGGCAGCCUCACCAAGCUGAAGGGCCUCUUGGCCAUGAUAGCGAGCUACUACAAAGAGUACUGCUCCCCCACCCCAGAAACUUCCUGCAUGACCCAGUUUAUCACCUUUGAAAGUUUCAAAGAGGACCUGAAGAAGUUUCUGUUUAACAUCUCCUUUAACUGCCGAACUCAAGUCCAGCAGUGAGGGGUCUGGGCCAGCCAGGCCAGCUCUGGGAGCUAACCUCAGACAUCUCUGCUCUCUCACCCGAAAAAGCCAGAAACUCAGGAUCUUCAUCUUACAGGGACCAAGGGGUGGGCCACAGACACAAUGGGGAUGGCCUGGAUCUGCCCUGGGUCAUGCUGACCCUGAUAGGAACAUGGUAGAGGAGUGUGGGAUAUUUUAUACUGGUAGGGAUUGGUAAUAUUUAUUUAUAUAUUUAUAUCUUAAAAAAAUAUUUAUUUAUUUAUUUAAGCUCGUAUUCUCUAUUUA